CGCAGUCGCCGAAACCAGCAUAAGCUCACUUACUUCCGAGAAGUAACAAGCAAUCCACAACCAAUCAACAUGUUCAAGUUGGCUGUCUUCGCUGCCGUCCUGGCUGUCGCCUUCGCUGCUCCCGGAGGUCUGACCGGUAUUGCUGUCAGCCAUGGCAUUGGCCCGAUCGUCGCCCCGGCGGUCGUCUCUGCUCCAGUUGCCCUUGCUCAUGCCGCCCCGGUUGCUCAUGUGAUCGCUCAACCCAUCGCUCCUGCUGUUCACUCCGCCCCCGUCGUCACCAGGACUGUUCUGGCCGGUCAUGGCGCCCCCCUCCUCUCUCUUCACGGUUAGACUAGGAGAACCAGCGUAAACUCACCAACACCACUGAGUCACGACGAUACAAUCCCGGAAAAAAAAACAUCCCCACUUCCUCGCAAAUCGUCCAACGCAAAGGAAAGCCCGUAGUACGAAGAAAGGAAAAAAAAAAAAUUGCAUGUCCCCCUAUCACCGCUGAUUUUGACCCCCUACUUCAUCGCCGUUCCCUACGUGUGAAUCAUCAGGCCCCGCGAUCGAGCACCGAGGGAGCGGAUCCGGAAAAGGACGCGCGGAUCAAUCAGGAUUAAAGCUCCGCGCGGAAUUAAUCGAAUCUCUUUCUCCACGUUCGUCUUUUCCUUCUGCUUCAUCGACAAAAUUCUCGGACUUUCGUCACGAUCAUCCCACCAUCAUCUUGAACCCUACCCUCGUUCAUAUGGAAUUUUAAUAAAAUUUUAAUUAAAAACCUAA